GAGUGGUUUACACAAAAUACAGCUAAAUUCCCACAAGAUAAUAGUGAUGUUGUUAUUGGUCGAUAUGCAGUUGAACAAGAAAUGAACAAACUUACUCUUCUAUGGACAUUAUGUGGUCUUACUUGCAAUGACUGUAAUCUUAAGUGUUUAAAAAAUCGUGAUCAUAAAGAAGGACAUGAUUGUUUAACUGAUCAUGAAUGUCAUGCUACUUGUCAAUUUACUGAAGCGCAUGUAAAUAAAAAUCUCAUCCCACAAUGCAGCCACAAAGCUGGUCAUGAAGGAAAACAUGCAUGUUCUCGUAUUAGCCAUUUAUGUGGAAAGCCUUGUUGUUUUUCGGACAAACGAAAUUGUCAAAAGAGAUGUUCGAAAGAGAUUGGUCAUGAAGAAGAGGAUGAAAACCAUCUGUGCCAAUCUCCGCGUCAUUAUUGUGGAGCACCAUGCUCUUUGGUUACUAACACGUCAAAGGGUGACUAUAGUUGUCCGAAUAAAUGUAUUAUACCAUGUGAAGAACAGCAUGAUUCUCAUCGGUGUGAAAAUGAAACAUGUCCUAUUCCAUGCCCGAUUAAAGAUUGCCAACGACGUUGCAAAAGCGACGACCAUUUUCAUGCCUACUCUGAAUUCGCGGUAAAUCAUUUUUGUGGAAAUGAACAUCAAUGCCAAGAAUUUUGUGAAGAUGCUGGUAUUUGUAAAGUCCAAACUGAACCAAAAAAGCAGGAGGAAACUUAUAAAGGACUUGUUGACAAUACUUCAAUUACUUUUAUUAAGUAUAUCCAAGUGAAUGAAAGGUUACAAUGCGGUAGAAAGAUUCCACCCGAUUCAUUCAAUCAUACGGGAAAACAUUCCCAUGAUCCAAACGGAGAGGGCGUACAUUAUUGCGAUAAAAAAUGCGUCUUUUGUGAAUAUUACUGUACUUUACCAUAUGGACACAUACAAAAUUUACAUGAAACACGUCAUGGAAAUAUGAUUCAAACAGAAUUUACUGCAGAAGAUAAUGAAUUUGAAUACGGAGGUCAUAAAUUAAAAGCCGGAGAUGAAGGAACUUUUGUAUUGUGUAGUUUGCAUUGCAAAGAAUUAGGCAGGCAUCGACACAUUGACUAUUGCAAAAGUGAAGAUGCUUGUAAAUUCAGUACAAAUCAGAAUCAAGAUAUACAACAUAUUAAUGGUCGCGUUCAUCCUAAUCCUAAUGAAGCAAAAGAUUUUAUCUCACAUCGGCUCUUCUGGGAGCGUACUGGUUUUAAAGAUCCAUAUACAGUUCAAGAGCAACAGGAAUUUGCUAGGUGUGAUCAUGAAUGUAAAGAUGAAAAACAUCAUAAACCACAAAAUCCAAAUGGUCCACCACCACCCAAGUCUUAUUGUGAAUUGCAACUUUUCCACGCUCCACUUGACCCAUCUCAAAAUCCACCAAAUGGAUAUGGAUAUAUUUCUCUAGACGGGCAUCACUUUAACUGCGAAAAUCCAAGCACACGCGAAGCCGCAUUUCACAUAGUUUUUGUCUUGGAUCGAUCUGGUUCAAUGUCUGACAGAGACAAGAGACCUCUACAAAAUACACCAAUUUAUAACACUCUUACUCAAACUCAUAAUAAUCGACUUGGUGCUGUUUAUAAUGCGGUUCAUUCGUUCGUAACUACUCGAUUUAAUUCGCAAUCUGCACAACCCAACACGCCUAAUAAUAUUGUAGCCUCCCGUGAUACAAUUUCUUUAAUCCUCUUUGACCACGAAGUGACAGUUGGAAUUGAAAAUGAGCCAUUAGCAAAUUACAAUAGCUUUAUAACCACGAUGCUUCAAUAUAGUGCAAGAGGCGGAACAGAUUUUAAUAAAGCGAUUCAGAAGGCCGGAUUUUUAAUCGAUAAACAUUUUGAUCCUACAAAUGUUGUCGUAUUUUGCUCAGACGGAGAAUGUGGAGUACCCGAUGCGCAAUUAAAUCAAAUUUGUUUGAGAAAUAAACAAAGAGGCAGCGAUAUGACCAGUCCAUCGUUACAAAAAAUGGCAAAUAUUGCACAAGGUUAUCUUCCACAACAAACUUCUGCUGGAGCAUUAAAAUGUCAAUUUACAAGAGCAAUCGAUGAAGUCAAUCUAGUUAAUACUUUUACUGGCGUUGCAGAAAGCUUAAGAAAACAUAAGCCCGCAUUGUUAAAAAAGAAUAUCUAA